UACAAAAAGUAUAAACUGUUGCUGAAGACGUUUUAUACCGCUGGCAAAACCGUCACGCGCCACUUUUGGCUCACGUCACACCACGUUUUCCAGGGUUCGUGGAGCUCGAGCGCAGGUUGAGAAUGAAUCAUGAGCUGAUCACAGAAACCGACUGCGCGAGACCGACGUGUUUACUCCACUGCACCUUAUUACCACUGUGUGGCGCUACAGACAAGCAGAACCGCGUUUCCAUCAAGAAAGUUGCAUUAUUGAUGAACCACUCCAAUGUGAACAGGACGAUGGAUGUCUCCAACGUGACUCUGUUGCCAUACUACAUGCAUUCAGCCGGAAUGGCACUCAGUUACGUGCUGUUGUACACACUUGUUUGUGUGGUGUGUGUUGCGGGCAACUCGCUGGUGUGUGUGGUGGUCCUGACCAACAGGAACAUGCGCUCUGUUACCAACCUCUUCAUCCUCAACCUCGCCAUCAGUGACCUGUUUGUAGGUGUGGUUUGUGUGCCGACCACUCUGAUCGACAGCCUUAUCUCAGGUUGGCCUUUCAGUCAGAUGACCUGCACUCUCAGUAAUCUCAUCCAGGGAAUGUCUGUCUCUGCGUCCGUCUUCACGCUCGUCACUAUUGCAGUGGACAGAUAUACAGGCAUUGUUUACCCAUUUCGCCACCGUUUGAGACCCGUCACUGCUCUCUUCGCCAUCUUCUUUAUCUGGCUUCUGGCUUUUGCCAUCAUUUUCCCUUCAUCUGCAAUGCUGACCGUCAUCCAGCUGGACGACACAUACAUGGUGCAUGAAAACAAGACUUAUCCACUGUUCGUGUGCUUUGAGGACUGGCCUCGUUCUGGCAUGAGGCGCAUCUAUACCACGGCCAUAUUUGUUCAUGUCUACCUCCUCCCCCUGGUGCUAAUCAGCAUCAUGUAUGGCUGCAUCGCCUUUAAGCUCUCAGGAAAACUGCGCCAGAACAGCAGGCGCCUAAAAGUGAUAAAGAUGCUGAUCAUGGUGGCCGUGUUGUUCAUGGUGUUAUGGCUUCCUCUGUGGACACUCAUGCUGUUGACAGACUAUCAGGAGCUGGAUGUCAAGCAGAUCGACUUCCUGAGCAGCUACUUGUUUCCUGUCGCACAUUGGCUGGCGUUCUUCAACAGCGCCAUCAACCCGAUUGUCUAUGGAUUCUUCAACGAGAAUUUCCAGCGAGGAUUUCAGGCUGCUGUCUCCUGUCGACGGUAUGAUUCGCAGCCUCUUGCUUUGCAUUGCAGACGAUUCGCGAAUAAAGUCUCAAACAAUGCUGGAGGGCCGUCUGGAGGACAGAAUAAAGUGAGAUGUGUACCGACAGUACGGCUAAAUCCAGUUUCAUCUGUCUUGCUCGAAGACGUAAAGAAGCUGCCUGGGGUUAAACAUGUAAACAGUGCAUGGGUAGAGUGAAUAAGGAUGGUUGAAGAGCUUUUCAUUUCCACUGAGUUCAAUUCUCAUGGCCAUGUUAAGUACCAUUACUGGAAUGUGUUAGAUGAGUUGUCAAGCUGACAUUAGCAUAAAAAUCAGGAGUACAAAUGACCCAGAAGGCACUGCAAUCUAAUGAGGUUUCAUAAAAAAAAGCACAAAAUUGCAGAUAUUUAUUUAUUUAAUUUUUUUAUAAGCAACUUUCUGUUAGAAAUUCUAAUAGCGGUGCAACUUUAUGCAAAAAGAUCUGAGACAUUGUGUUUAUCUGGUUGAUUGAGGGUAGAUUUUUGUUCAUCUGGAAGCAGAUGAAAUUUUAAGUACAAAACAAAACAAAAAACAUGUUAAGUUGCUUGCUUAUAUUAGGUAAGUAGCUGAUUACUGACGAUGCAUCACAUUUUUAUUUUUAUCAUGUAAGCUUUGAAAUGGCAUUCUGACACUUCUGUAAUGAGUAUACUAUAUUUUACUACUUAUUAUAUACAACAGUAUACAUUGUAAGGUUAAAUAUAUUUCAUCUAUUUAUUUCAUUUGUAAACAUUCCAUGAAUGAAAAAGGAAAUGAUUAAGUAAAAAUUCUAUAGAUUUGCACUGUUUAAAUCACAUAGAGAAUUACUUUUAGAAGCAUAUGCACUGGUGAGAGCAUAGAACAGAUCGAUCUGAUAAAUUGGAGCGGGAAACAUUAUUAACUUUAUAGUACCUCAUUCUGUGCUUACGGAUAAUCGGUUAUGUGUAAUGUUUGGAUUGUACGUCAUGGCUCCAGUCCAAGAUGGUGUUAAUCACUUCCCUGUCCAUCAGAGAGACGCUAUUCAACCAUGGGCAUCUUUAAGCUUGUGUGUAUGUGAAAGAGGGCAGUUGACUCUUUCCACUUCAAGGAUGUAGUGAAGCAAGUACAAGCCAUUACAUUCCAGCACUGGGUAAAAUAUGUUUUUUACACUUUAAAAUGUUAUGCUUUGGCCCUUAAUUUUACUGCACACUCAUGUUCUGUAUGUAAAUAUUUCACCUGUUGUAUUGCUUGUAUCUUAUCUUAUCUUAUCUGUAUAAUAGUCUAACUGCUGUACCACUUGUUACCUAAAUUUGGAUUUAUUCCAGCAUAUACAGCAUGUUUAUAGUAUUUGCAUGUGUAUAUAUAAACUGUAACUGCUGUGUUGUAUCAGCCGUGUUUUCCCCUUGUUUCUGUCUGCUGUCUCUCCCUGAUGUUAAUUGUUUGCUCCGCCCACUCAUUGUUCAACAUGGACUCUAAUUACAUUCCAUCUCUUCCCCAGGUGUCUUGUCUUUGUCUCUA